AUGUCAAUUUCCAUUCGCUCAUUGCCACUGACAUUGAUACGGUCCUACGGGACCGUUCAAGGUACAUCCGCUACAUCAUUGAACAGCCAAAUCCCCAUAACCCUGACCAAUGCGACGAGUGCUACCACACCCCGAACCACCUGGACUCGAGAUGAAAUCAAGCAAAUAUAUGAGACACCAUUGCACCAACUCACCUAUGCAGCGGCCGCCGUUCACCGCCGCUUCCAUGAUCCCGCCGCCAUCCAAAUGUGUACCUUGAUGAACAUCAAAACGGGUGGCUGCAGUGAAGACUGUUCUUACUGCGCCCAAUCCUCCAAGCACAACACAGGCCUGAAGGCUACCAAGAUGAGCCCCGUCGAUGAAGUCCUCGCUAAAGCCCGCAAUGCAAAGGCCAAUGGUAGCACUCGGUUCUGCAUGGGCGCCGCUUGGCGUGACAUGCGGGGCCGCAAGACCAGUCUCAAAAACGUGAAGCAGAUGAUCUCCGGAAUCCGCGAAAUGAACAUGGAGGUCUGUGUUACCCUGGGUAUGAUCGACGGCGAUCAAGCCAAGGAGCUGAAAGAGGCUGGUCUGACGGCAUACAAUCACAACCUCGACACCUCGCGUGAAUUCUACCCUACCAUCAUCACCACUCGCUCCUAUGAUGAACGCCUCAAGACACUCUCACACGUGCGUGAUGCCGGUCUGAACGUUUGUUCGGGUGGCAUCCUAGGAUUGGGUGAAAGCGAUGCCGACCGCAUCGGUCUCCUACACACUGUCUCCAGCUUGCCCUCCCACCCCGAGUCCUUCCCUGUUAAUGCCCUCGUCCCUAUCCCCGGUACUCCUCUCGGUGACCGGAAGAUGAUUCCCUUCGACCGCUUGCUGCGUACCGUCGCCACUGCUCGUAUUGUCAUGCCCAGCACCAUCGUCCGUCUAGCUGCCGGUCGCAUUGCCCUGACUGAAGAGCAGCAGGUUGCCUGUUUCCAAGCGGGCGCUAACGCUGUGUUCACGGGUGAGAAGAUGCUGACCACUGAUUGCAAUGGCUGGGAGGAGGACCGCGUCAUGUUUGAACGCUGGGGAUACUAUCCCAUGAAAAGUUUCGAGAAGCCAGAGGUAAAGGCUACUGCUGCUGCUACUCCUCCGCCAGCUGCAAGCCCCGAGGCCUCGGCAGCGCAGGUCGCAGCUAGUUCUUAG